AUGGACUACAGCACUGCGCUAAAGGAGUGCGCAGUACCCGAGAGGAUCGGGAAGCUCUACUUCCGCAAAGCUCCCGACGCCUACAUUCUCCAGCUGUCCACGUUUGCUGCUCCAAAGAAGCGAAGCACCGAGGAGAGGCCUUCGCGGUGCACCGCAGACACUCUGGAGGCCAUCUGUCAGAACUCCAAAUUCGAAACGCCGACGUUCCUUUCGUCCCGCAGCAGCAACAUCAUGUUUCCCAGCGAAGACACCACAACGCUCACGGCAGAGUGCUUGUAUCCGUCGUCGCCGUACUGGGAGGGAGAAACGCAGGCGAAGCCGCACGAGAUCAAGAACGAGGACUCGGACGCGUGUGAGUUUUGCGAGAGCUCUGUAUUCGAAAGUAUAGACUCGGAGAGAUAUUAG